GAUGGUAUUUCAAGAGAUUUAAAAUUGUUCACCUUAGCCUGGGUUUUUCAAUCUCUUCCGAGUUCAAAAUAUAGUAAAAUUUAGAGUUCCACAAAUUCACUGUGAAAAUUUGAAAAAUGUUUCAGAAAUGGUUGUCCAUUUUCUUUUGUGUUUGUUGUUCCAUUGGGAUCCUAAGCCUGGAUGCGUCCCCCAUUCCAGUGGAGUCUUCAUCCCGAAAAGCCUCUAACAGCGAUGCUGGUCUCGAAGCUAUGGAUCACCUUGAAAGCUCUGCCAACCCAUUGACCCGGGAAGCAAGGGAAUCGAAAGAAGUAACGCCGCCUUCUGAGGUGCUAGCCCCGGCUCCAGAUGAGGAUUACAUUAAAGCCCGCAAGAAGAGAUCUCUGGGCGGGUUGGCUCCGGGACUUCGCCUAUUUCCGGUGAACGAUGGCUAUGGCAACCCGGCCAAGAUGCGAUUAAGGACCAAGAGCUCGAAGAGGCCCAAGGACAAGACGACCAAGAAGGCCAAAAACUCCACGAAAAUGGUUAGGUUUCGGGCCGAAGGGGACAAAAAGGAAACGACGGGUGCGCCGGCACGUCCCAUGGAGCUGACCAUCUCCAUUCACAAGAAGGACAAGUUUGGCCAGUGGGUCUACAACCCUUGGGGCGCCACUUUUGGCAAGGUGUGGCAGGACACCCGUUUCCACGUGAACCACCAGAGCCGCAUGCCCCGCCUGCACAUCGACUCGGACCCCGGCAUGGACUACUAUCCGGAUGACGAGGGCAUAAGCACCGUGUGCCUGGGCCGCUCGACCAUCUACAACAAGCCGAGAAUCAUGAACUACCUGACGGGCAAGAUGUACCGAGAGCCCCACUCCCAUCGACCCAUUUGGUUGGCCCUCCGCCGGCAGCUCUUCAAGCUGGCCAGGUCGGAGGAGUGUCGGACGAGCAACCUCACCGAGUGGCUGCCUUACCAGGAGUGUGCCCUCAGGCGCAACCAGCGGAUGGAGUACAUGAUCCCCCAAUAUCCCAGGCACCAGAUGUAGUUCAGUCCGCUGUUUAACAUUAUCUUUUUGGUUUUGAUGUGAUUCGAAUUCUUUAAUAAACUUUACAAUAAA